AUGGCGUCACUCAAAUGGUUCGUAGCAAAUGAGGUGUCAAUUAUCGACGAAAUUGUCAAAUCUCGAAUCCCAUUCUCUUUAGUCGAACCCGUGUUGCGAGAUACUUUGCGUGGAACUGACGCACUAUAUCUGGCGAUAUACCAUUACAUCGUUCAAUAUGGAAUUUGUGCCAGGUACAACGAAUUGGAGACACGUCAAGCUGUUAGAAUUACUAUGCACUAUCUAUGGAGGAAUUUUACACCUGAUCAAAGAAGGGCUUAUAUUGACCUUUCCAACAGGUUAAGUGGUCAUAAUAGAAGAAACGAAGGCCUCCUCCAUUCUCGCCGCGUAAGACGUGGGGGUGGAAACGCGGUCAGAGUUGAUGGCGUUGAGGGGGUUGGCCGUAUUUAA